CGACGUGCAUUCGGCGGGCAGCAGGCAGAGGGCAGCAGGCUGGGUCCAUCUCAUCCCUACUGGAUCACAGGAGCAACAUCAUCAUCCACCAUCCAGCCUGACAAGGACAACCCCUCCCAAAAAACACACAGGGACAGGACAAUAUUUUGAUUUUAAAAAGGAAAUCGCAUCGAAAGCGGCAAGAUGCUGGCCUGUACGGAGAUGAUCACCAUGUGUCUUCAGUCUGCAAAGCACGAACACUUGAGGAAACAGCAGGAGCUUGAACGCAACCAAAAUCAAGCCAUCUCUCUCUUUCAUGAUAUAUUCCGCCGGGCAGACAAAAAUGACGAUGGGAAGCUGUCCUUGGAGGAGUUCCAGUCGUACUUCACUGAUGGUGUCCUCACUGAAGACCAGAUGCAGGAGCUGUAUUGCUCCAUCGACAGGCAGCAGACAGAAAACCUGGACAUAGACAAACUCUCAGAGUACUUCACUCCACAUCUGGGGGAAUAUGUCAAUGUCCUGUCUGCUCUGGAAAAGCUGAAUGUGGCCAUUUUGAAGGCCAUGGAUAAAACUAAAGAGGAGUACCAGGGUUCAUCAGUGCUGGGUCAGUUUGUGACACGCUUCCUGCUGAGGGAGACCUCCACCCAGCUGCAGUCCCUUCAGUCUUCACUGGACUGCGCUAUGGAGGCCGUUCAUGACCAGGGCUGUACUGGGAGAAGGAUAGUGAAGAAGCCCGAGGACCUGCCUAUCCAGAGGGUGGCCAAACGCCCCGGCCGACGCAUCCAGAAGAACAUGUGUCUCUCCCCUACUGACCCCUACUCUGGCAUGCUCACCACAGGGGUCAGCGUGGAGCCAGACAACCACUGGGGCUCCCAGAUCAACCAACUGGAGCAGCUCAUAGACAAACUGGAGUGUGAGAGUCCACAUCUUGAACCUCUCAAAGAGGACACAUUGGCAGGGACGUAUAAAUCGAACAUACUGCUGGUCCAGAGACAAAUGUCUGUGAAGGAGAAGGAUGUGGAGCAGUUUCAGCAAGCUCUUAAAAUCUACACAGACACCACCAGCAGCCAGCAAAAUAACCUGCACGUUUCAGUCCAGAACCUGCCAGACAGAUCAUGCUUCAUCAUGUACGAAUUUUGGCAGGACCGUCUCUCCUGGAUGAGCUACCUGCAGUCGUCCAUCAGUAAGACGUUCCAGCGCUGCAUUAUCGACUCACUGGAAGAGCCUGAGAUGGUCUCAACCAUGCUUCUCCCAGCUUCCUGGUGGAUUAUGAACAACAACUGACGGAGCAACGCUGCUGCUAUUCAACACAACAGAAGCAGGAGGAAGAGCUGAUUGUGUAAUUGUUUUACCUCUUUUGUUCUUUGAUAACACUUUUUUCCUCAUGGCAUGACCAGGAUUGUUUUUGCAAAGCUCUACUCUGAGGUCAUAAAAAAAGAACGCUCAGAUAAACCGGUCAAAGAGUGACACAAAUUAAAACCUUGGAGAGAAAGCAUAAAGGUAAUGCAAUAUUUUAUUGUGUGGUCAGGAUUUGUGCCAACUUUCAUUCCACAGGCACAUUUCUGGUUUUAAUAGAAACAGAAGAAAUGGGAAAAAAAGAUUUGCAUGAUUUCUUAUUUCUCAGUGCUCGUUUAUUUCAUUAGAAACUACAUCUUAGAAUAGGUAUAAUGUCACUGAUGCCACAAAAAUAGAAACACGUGAAUGAAACUGACCUGUCCAUCCAUCCAUCAUAUCCCUCACUCAGACGAAAACAGAAAUAGUGGUAGGGUCCUGCAUUCCCCUUGUUCUCUCUGUGGUAUUGUGCUUUGUUGUCUCCUUCAAAGCUUUGCUACCAAGCGUCUUUUUGCUGAUGGGUUAGACAGCCAGUAGAACAUAGUCGAUGAGCGAUGAUGGUCCGCAUCUAAACUUUUAUCAUCCGUGUGUCACUCCUGCACUUUAGAAAAAGAUGAAACGUGGACCUAAUUGUGAAGAACAGAUAUUUAUUGUAAAUUGUCUAUUGAAAAUGUAAAAUGAACCAAGAGCUGCACUGAUGUUUAGUGAGACAUUAGCAGACGAUAACAAUUAAAGAAAUGACGUCUGCAGUUUGCCUGUACUGUUACUCUAGAAUUUAAACUCGAAAGCCAUUGUUUUACAUUUGCAGUGUGUAAUCAGAAGAGUUCAAUACACACGAAAUAGAAGUUUAUAUUUUGAGUACAGAAAUUAAGCAGAUACUCUUCGUUGUAUGACAUUAGAAAGUAUAAUAAGAUUGUGUACAGUAGUUAAUGAGAGAUGUAAUGUGUUGUAGAACAUUGGUAAACGUAUGAUAGUUUAUUGAGCUGUGGUCGCUCGGAUAAUGUGAGGAAUGAAUGUGGUCACUUUUUUUUAAGUGUUUUAUCAUUUCUUUUAUGAAGAGUAUACAGUUGUUAUGUGGAUGCUAUGUUUGUUUUCUGGCAUGAAAUAAAGUUCAUGACUUGUUGAUGACAUUAAAUGAUGCAUUAAUUG